AUUUGAUCAUGAGACCGUGUCCGUGGACCCAAAGCCCCACAUUCGUUCACACAAAUCCUAUUGGUCUGUCGUUGGUGUAGCAGCAUAUGUAGCAAAGUGAGAGAUAGCGCAAGUGAGCUCCGAGGGGGGAGAGGAGGGGCUUUUAGACACAACAACACCGACGUGAGUGAGACUGUAGAUAGGAGAGAGAAUGCGGCAGAAGGAGGGAGCAGACCGCCAGUGGCCGACUCUGGGAGAGAGAGAUUGAGACGGAUUCAGACUUCUUUUUAUUGGCUUUUCCCUGCUUCUUUUCUCUGCACUUGUUUUGCGUUUUUUCUUACUCCGCAUCCAUUUGCAUUUAGUCUAUCUGUCCCUCUUUCUUUCCUGCUACUGAUUCUGUCUCUCCCUGCAGCCUCCACUCCGCUGUCCCACAUUCUGACUUGUUUCUGUCUGUCUGUCUGUCUGUCUUCAUCCUUCUCACCUAUGGCUACCUGACAGUCAACUUCCACUCCUUCUCUCUUUUUCACAACCAUCCAUUUUUCUCUCUCCUUCCACAGUUCCACCUAUGUCUUUACUUUGAUCUUUCCUUUCCUUACACCGGUCUGUCAUCUAUCUGUUGUCUUUUGGUGUGAGGAUGCCAGUACUGGAUGAGUUCUGGGGCCCAGAUCUCAGGAUGCGGGACUCCGGUCUUGGUGUUGGAGAAGUUGGGGUCUGUCCAGAUGAAGCUCCCCGCUCGCCAAUCUGGGGGCAUCUUAGGACGCCUCCUUUUACCUGUGGGAGCCUGUCAUUGGCCCUGGAGCUUCCGGCUCUCAUACGGCAGCUCAGGGCAGCCUGGAGGGCUCACAGAGGAGGCCAUCGGGGGCCCGAGAGUAGUGAGGCGAGCACUUGGGUGGAAUCAGAGGAGGAAGAAGUAGAGGAGGUGAAGCAUCACGUAGAGGACAGAAGCGGUCAUCUCAAAGCUGAUGGCAGACUGGACACUGGUCAUUCUGGUGUGCUGCUGGUUGAGAGACGAGGCUCCUACCCGCUGAUUGACCUGCGAAUCCUCAAAUCCAGUGCCCAACAGGGGGAGGUAGAGGCCGACACCAGGAGAAAAGUGAAACGUCUGCUGAGCUUUCAGAGAUACUGCCACGCCUCCAGGCCACUCAGGGGGUUGGUGCCCCACACCCCCGGGUCACUACACCUACUAGAUGACACCUACCUGGGACAAGCUGCACACAUGCUAUCAAAAGUGGGCAAAUGGAACUUUGACAUUUUCCUCUUUGAUCGUCUUACAAAAGGUAACAGCCUGGUAACUCUGAUGUGCCAUCUCUUAAACGUCUAUGGUCUUGUUCACCACUUCCAGCUGGACAUGGUCAAACUGCACAGGUUUCUCGGCAUGGUUCAAGAGGACUACCACUCCCAGAAUCCCUAUCACAAUGCUGUUCAUGCUGCUGAUGUCACCCAAGCCAUGUACUGCUACCUGAAGGAGCCCAAGCUGGCAGAGCAGCUGAGUCCUCUGGACGUGUUCCUGGGUCUGAUGGCGGCCGCCGCCCACGACGUUGACCAUCCUGGAGUCAACCAGCCCUUCCUCAUUAAGACCAGACACCACCUGGCAUCCCUCUACCAGAACACAUCUGUGCUGGAGAGUCACCACUGGAGAUCCACAGUAGGCAUGCUGCGAGAGUCACGACUGCUGUCCCACUUGCCUGCUGACAUGUCGCAGGACAUGGAACAGCAGCUGGGCUCUCUCAUCCUGGCUACAGACAUCAGCAGGCAGAAUGAGUUCCUCUCAACCUUCAGAGAACAUCUGGACAACCAGGACCUAGACCUUCAGCUAGCUUCUCACAGGCACUUUAUGCUGCAGAUUGCUCUGAAGUGUGCAGACGUCUGUAAUCCGUGUCGGUUUUGGGAGCUGAGCAAACAGUGGAGUGAGAGGGUGUGUGAGGAGUUCUACAGGCAGGGUGACCUGGAAAGAAAGUUUGACUUUGAGAUUAGUCCUCAGUGUAACCAGCAGGUUGACUCGGUCCCAGACAUUCAGAUAGGUUUCAUCUCAUACAUUGUGGAGCCUCUGUUUGAGGAGUGGCACCGCUUCACCGAGCCCAGCCUGCUCAGCCAGAACAUGAUGGCUCACCUGUACAAGAACAAGGCCCGCUGGAGCUGCCUACGAUACGCACACACACCGUCAGAUACCCAGACCCACUCCCACGCCAAGGAGCCCGAAGGAGGACGAGGAGGAGAGGGUGGAGGCAUCUCUUAAUCUUUCUCUCCUAUCUUGAGAUGUUUGAUCUUACUUUUGUAAACAGAGGAGUUUAUCCACCUCAUUGUUUGUCCUCCAGCAUAUUUUCUCCAACAGCUGGUGGUUUACAGGCUCUAAACAUGGGUGCACUGGAUGUGAGUCUGGCUUCAAUUCAUGAGAUAUGGCUCCCUCUGCUGGAGCGGAGGACCCUAGCCCUGCAGGGGGAAUAAAGAAGACGAAGAGAGACUCAUGGUAGGGCAGAUGGAUCUAUAAUCUUAGUGAAUAUGUCAAUUUGACAAAGUCAGGCCUCUAACACAGUGGUAUCUGCUGCAAAGUAUCUGAGAAAAGCAGGAAUUACAAGGUUAUCUGAAUGCAGAAGAGGGAUCAGUGAAGACAAGUUUUAAUGUGUUUGCACAGUGCUGCUAGAACAAUAAAGAAAUGAGAAAGCAGAAAUUGUGUACAAGUCAACUGGACUGUGCUGGUAAAGAUGAUAACAAUAUAUCAAAGAAAAAUAUAUCCACUAUACUAUAAGUUUGAAACUUUUAGAUAAUACAUACUGUAUUAAGCUCUUGACACUUUUUUUGUACAGCUUGCACUUCUAUUGGAUACUAUUUUGUACUAAAGUGCGCUUUUAACUCACUGAGUUGGUACUAUCAACUGUAUAAUGUAUUCUCUUUGAACUGUGUAAGACUGACUGACUGACACAAUAAAUGACCAACACAAAGUAUCUACAGCUGAUAUCGAUCAGCUCGUCAGCUGGAUGUUUUUGGACUCACCGAUGUGGAGAGCACAAACCGGAGCCGUUUUCCACAGUGUUUGUGUUCAUGUAGUCUAUAUCCACAACGUUCCACUUCCGGGAUUGCUCCGGUGCCCUGGAAAUUCUGCCGGAUGUCCUUGUUUUUGGCCGGAUGUCUGUUUUCUUCCGCUUUCUAUGUGUUGACAUUUUAUACUCUGGUGGAUUUAUGAGGACUAUGGUUAACAUUUUUCUCAGUUCUCUGCAUGGUAAAUCCAGACAGCUAGUUUUUUAUUG